GGGUUAGAGAGUAGCACAUGCUUCGGGGGCGAAGGGCGCGUGCGUGGAGGAGGAUCGCGCCGGGGCUGGCACCUUGAGCAGCGGGAUGUAUCAGCUGCACGGGGAACGGGGUGGGGCCGGAGAAGUCAUGAGUCCGGCAUUGGGCAGCGACUUUGUAGGUAGAAUUUAAAUACAGUGCACGGGCUUGGGGAACAAUAUCCACACUGGUAAAUUGCACGUAAGAGACGUCAUCGGCAGAUAAGAUCUGGAAAAACCUUGGGAAAAUGUCAGCGAGGGAGGCGAAGCAAGAGCCCCAGGGGGUUGGGAUGCCGCUCUCCAGCCCCUCGGUUUCCCUCGGAAGCCUAGGCAAGACUCGCUGUCCAAUGUGCAUGGAGCUUUUUAAAGUCCCCAGGAUCUUGCCGUGCUUGCACACGUUCUGCACGACCUGCCUGGAAAAGCUGGAGCCCUUCUCCGUCCUGGCCCUGCGACCAUCUGACCUAGAAACGUCCCCGGAGGGAGCCAGGCCUUGGGAUAAGCCGCCGCCGCCGCCGCCGCCGCCAGCGCCGCCGCAGGAGUCACAGCUCAGCAUCCUCUGCCCAGUCUGUGAUACGGAGGUUGACCUGCCUCCAGGGGGCGUGAAGUCCCUGACUAUGGACCACCUGGCUGUGAAUGAGGUGCUGCAACAAAACCUGCAGGAGGACACGCCGGGCGUGGUGUGUGAUCUGUGCAGCGACCGGGAAGUGGAUAAUCGCUGUCUCACCUGCAAGGUGAAUCUGUGCCAGUUCUGCAGUCAGGCCCAUAGGCGGCAAAAAAAAACUUCUUCCCAUUCUGUCAUGCCUAUGAAGGACCUGAAAGGAUACAGCCAGAUUGGGAAGCAAAUUAUGUGUUCUAUCCACCCUGCUGAGGAGCUGAACCUGUUCUGCGAGCAGUGUGACCAGCCGAUGUGUGGGGUCUGUGUGCUAGGUGAACAUCGGGGGCACACCUACGACUUGAUUGGCAACAUUAUCCACAAGCACGGGAACUCCAUGCGGGAGCUCCUCCACAGCACCCAGCCCCACGUGGGCUCCUUAGAGAGAGCCCUGGCCCAGAUUGAGGGGGUGGGAAGUGCCCUCCGUUGCCGCAUGGAUGCCCUAUCCGCUGACAUCCGGGAGUUCUGCGAUGGCUACAUCACUGCUAUCAGAGAACAUCGCGAUCAGUUGCUGAAACAAUUGGAAGACCUCCGGAUCCAGAAAGAGAAUUCUCUGCACCUUCAGAAGCUCCAGGUGGAGCAGCUGCUAGCAGAUCUGCGCACAGGAGUGGAGUUCACAGAACACUUGCUGAGCAAUGGCUCCGACCUGGAAAUUCUAAUCACCAAGGAGGUCGUAGUGAAUCGGUUGAAGAAGCUCAAGAAAGCUGACUACAGCAUUGGCCCUGGGGUAGAUGAUGGCAUAUGCUUCUCCCCACAGGAGAAGGCGGGACAGUACGGUGGCUAUGAAGUUUUUGGAGCAAUUCUCACCAAAGGGGUUGAUCCUGCCCAGUGCAUUCUCCAAGGGGAAGACAUCCACAAAGCUUGGGAAAAGCAGAAAGUCACUUUUACUCUGCUCUGCAGAGAUAUAUUAGGGGAGUCCAUGGGCAGAGGAGGAGAGCACAUCCGAGUGAGCGUCAUCCAUAAAAACAAGAAGGACUGUGUUCUUAAGACGAUGGUUCAGGAUAACAACAAUGGAACUUACGCGAUUUCCUUUAUCCCCGAGGACCCCGGCCCCUAUACUGUGUGCGUCUGUGUCAGAGAGCAGCAUGUCCAGGGCUCACCAUACACAAUGAACGUGAGGAGGAGGCGACGCCCACAUCCGGGGGUCUUCCACUGCUGCUCCUUCUGUUCCAGUGGAGGCAAGAAGAGUGCCCGCUGUGCCUGUGGGGGGACCAUGGCAGGGGGGUACCAAGGCUGCGGACACGGACACAAAGGUCAUCCAGGCCGCCGUCACUGGUCGUGCUGUGGUGGGACGGAGGAGAAAUCGGAAUGCUCCUGGAAGGUAGAAGACGAGAUCAGUUCCCACAGGAGCCUAGUCCGGACGGUGGCUCUCUGAGUUUUCCGAUGAUACAAAGGCCGAAUCUGCAGGAACGUUAGUUACUGGGAAGUCCCUGGGCCUUGGGGCCAAGCUGGGCUGAGCUGCUGAUUAAUUCUGAAGAAACCCCUAAAAUAAAUGCGCCUUAUCUUACCAUCGA